AUGCCGCUGAGAGGGACGCGCAAGGGGACGCAGACAAGGGAGGUGAAGGCGCGCAAGACUCGACGAACUCGGGCGCCGCCAUGCGGGAGAGACCUUGCCCCCAACAUGCCAUGUCCAGUGAAAGGGCACCUGAAACCCGAUUCGAGCGAUCUCCUGGGCCUCUGCGGUCCCAGCGAACUUCAGUCCUUGCCCCGCACGCGUUUGGUGCUGCAUGCAGCGCAGCACUCAGCAGACAAGUCCGCAGAGACUCCGAAAACUAGUUUGGAUGCUGUGCUCAGACGCAAGCUGACUUGCCUGGACAAAUCGAUGAGUCUGUCUUUGCUGAAGCCCCGCGUGGGUCGAAUGGAUCUGGUGCAGCACAUCCUCUCUUUUGUGGAGGCAGAGAGACCCCUCAAAGACACAGAAGUUGGAGGUAAGAUGUUUGUGGACAGCGGCUCUGCAAACGUGGACCUGUUCUUCGAGGGGGUCCCGCAGCCACAGCCAGAGGAAAACACAAAAUUGAAAAAUCUGCUCGAACCUGCUUGGAGGGAGGGUGCAGAGGUUUGCCUGAAGCAGAUAUUUCUCCUGGGCGCGCGCGAGGGCAAGCAGGAUAGAUACUCGUUCUACGACGCCAUGACGUGGCUUUGGCAGCGAGACCCCGCAACCCUCCUUGCCAACCUCCACCUUAUUCCGGAGUGCAACUACUGGAAGGGGCUGUUGGAGCUCUUGGCGCGUGUUUGUGAGGGUCCUACUCGAAGCCUGGAGCGUGACCGGGCUUUGUAUGGGCACUACAUGCGGCGGAAUAAGAAGUUCCUACCAAGGUACUUGGCCAAGGAUGCUGAGGCAAAGAAGGCAAAGGACUCCAGACAAUCCAAAUCAAAGCUGCCGGAUGAAGCAGCUUUCGCUUUCAAGCCAGGCUCGCGGCUCGAGCUGGCUGAACAAGCCUUGAAGCGCUACGAUGCUGACCCGCUGUACAGAGCCCUCUUCCAGCGUGUGGGGCAGCUCUUCGCGCAGCAGCUAAAGGAGGAUCGUGGGCGGAUGCAACGCCGUGAGCGCGUCAGCCUUUGUGCGAAGUGGUGCCCAUUGCUUUACCAUUCCUUCGACAGGUGGCUCUUCCCUGCAGACAUGCCAGUGUUUGAGGGUCUCACAGAAAGGCAGUAUGCCUACCGUGCCCGAGACAAGCUGCGAUGCUGCCUCUCGGAGUUGAAGGAGUAUAUGAAGUCACCAGAGAGACUCAUGUGCCAGCGCCGAUGGUCAGAAAUCAAGUACAAAGGAGUUCCCGCUGUUUGCCUGCAGAACAACGCCCACAGCUUCCACAAGCACGAUGAGGAGCGCUUCCAGCGAUUCCUCAACUUGGUUGAGAAUGGAAAGGUGAAGGUCAACACAGGUGCUUUGCAACCCCACGAAAUCCUCCGGAGAGCUCGGACUUUGCAUCCUCUAAACCAAGCCCUGGCAAGGGGGCAGUGGCGAGCAAUGUUACAUCGCGCCCGCAAAGGUCCGCUGCAGGACUGUGUGGCGGUGUGCGAUGUCUCCGGCUCCAUGACAGCAUCGGCAGCCCCCAAG